AUGAAUCCUGUUACGCUGCGUUCCUCCAAGAGGAGUAGAGCAGCUGAGGUCCAUUGUUUGUCUGAAAAGGAUGGCUUUAAAUGUGGCAGACAGAGGAGGAGGAAUCGGAUCAAUGAGAAAAUGAAAGCAUUGCAGAAACUAAUUCCGAAUUCCAACAAAAUGGAUAAGGCAUCAAUGCUGGAUGAAGCCAUUAAACAUCUGAAGCAACUUCAACUACAAGUACAGAUAGCUCCUAAGGGUUCCAGGUCCCUUGCCUACUUGUUUGUGGACAGACCAGGCUACAGCCAAGGAAAUUUUCUGUUUGAAAGAUCUUUAUUUGGUCCUUCUCCACUGCCUCCGGAUAAGGCGGCGGAGACUUCAGCCGCCGCGGUAAUUGAAUCGUCCUCGAGUUUUAAUUUCUCCGAUUCCGGUGACUACUUUUCGAUUGAGGUGAAAGAGAGUAGUAGAAAAAGUUUUUCUACCAUUAGCAGUAUCGAUUCUGAUGCGAUCACGUCGAUGAAGAGCAGUGAUGACUCCAGGGAGAGACUUGAAGCGUAA